AUGGACAAUGAAUACAGUUAUGGCUAUUUGAGAACCAAUUAUGCCAAUAAUUUGGUCACUGAUAGCUAUUCGAACGCCUUGAGUUUUUCGACACCAACCCAAUUGGGAAGAACUGGUCGCAGUUUUAACAAAGUACAAGCACGUUCGAUUCACAUGAGAGGUUCAUCUCAGAAAGAAGAACGUAACAUUCGCAAUACCAUGGUGACUCUCCCUGUCAAAUACCAAGAAAAUGCUGGAAAACACUGGCAAGUCAGUUCCAUUUCAGGAAAUAAUUUCAAAUUGCAAAAUUUAACACCAGGAGAUGAAAGAACUGCCAUUGCUGCCUAUGCAUUCAACAGUGACAAGAAUCUAUAUGAUGUUUAUUUUGUGUUUUUUGAUCCAGCUGGAACCACGGUUGGAAGUAUUUUGAGAGGAAGUAGUAGUGACAUGCAAACCAUUGCUUUGGAAAAUAAUGACACAUUUGCUCCAAUUUAUUAUUAA